ACGUUUAAUUCAGUUCACAUGUUGCGCUAUACGCAAGCAACACUACGUUAGUUAUCUUCCUUCGCGACAUACACUUUUUAUUUAUCCGUGUGGUUUUUUUACUUGGAAUAAAUUUGUUUUUAAUAUAUGUACUGAACAAUUGAUAGCUUGUAUUUUUUAUUAAUAAAAGUUUUUAACUUCUUUAGUUAGUAAUCCAUUUUAAGUAAAUUAAUUUUAAACGAAUUAAGUAAAAUAAUUGUUUAGAAGACAUUUAGAACAACUGAUUUUGAAUAGGAUACAAAAACGCUAUUUCACCAAUAAUAAAAUACUUGCUCAAUUUUACAAUUUAUAUUUUUAUAUAUAGUUGUAAGAAAAAGUCACUCUUGAAAACGUCGCAAUUUAAAGAUAAGUUUUGACAAAGCAUGAAUAGUAUUAUAAUCGAUUAUGCAGUUUUCCUACUGCUGAUUGGUGCGUCGAUCGGUGUAGUAAUAUACAGUAAAAUAUCUGGACCAAAAGAAAAAACGAAAGCUGAUUAUGUGUUUGCAUCCAAAGGAUCAGUGUCGAUGGGAGCUAUGCUUUUGUCCAUUGCUCGUGGGUUUCUGGGCGUUAAAGUCUUCUUAGGAUAUCCAUCCGAGUUAUUUUACAGAGGAAGUGGUAUGUGGGAGACACUAUAUGGAAUGGUGCUCGCAUUUCCUUUAGUUUUAUACUUUUUCCUACCAGUUUAUUUUAACCUUGGAAUUACUUCAGUUUAUCAGUAUUUAGACAUGAGAUUUAAAUCAAGACUAGUGAGGAGACUUGCUUGUGGAACUUAUGUUAUUAGGAGUUUACUGAAUCUUGGCGUUACUGUUUUUACACCUUGCGUCGCCUUAAAGACUGUGAUGGGUUUGCCAUAUUGGUUUACUAUUUCGUCGAUAUCGUUAAUUGCAAUAAUAUUCACUUUACUGGGUGGAUUGAGAUCAGCCAUUAUUGCUGAUGCCGUACAGAGUUUAGUUAUGAUUGGAUGUAGUGUCAUUAUAAUAUUACAUGGAUUUUUCAUUGCAAAGGGACCAAUUAACAUCUUUGAAGUAAAUAGGGAUCGGGAUCGACUCGAUUUUUUCAACCUCGACAUGGAUCCAUCGUUGCGCGUAACUACCGUGUCAGCUACUUUGGGGCAAUUGUUCAUGUCAUUGUCCAUGUUUGGAUGCCAACAAAAUUUUGUCCAACGAUACUUCAGUAUGGAAUCGAUGAAACAAGUGGAAAAGGCCUUGUGGUUGACAAUUCCGUUGAUGGUUGUGCUGUUCAGUCUUUCGUGGAUUGUGGGAAUGGUCAUAUUUACGGUGUAUGCUGACUGUGAUCCGCGUAUGUUGGGAUACAUAACAGAAAUCGAUGAAAUAGUAGCUUUCUAUGUACGCGACAAAUUUUAUUUCGUUCCAGGAUUUAUGGGUCUCGUGUUAGCCAGUUUAUUCAACAGUGGCCUCAGUAUUUUCGUAUCAAACUUAAACUCUGUCUCGACCGUUGCAUGGGAAGAUUUCGUAUCACAAAUACCCAUUUUCAAACGAAUCAGUGAAACAAAACAACUAUGGUGUAUUAAAGCUAUUAGUUGUAUUUGUGGUUUGUGUGUAAUGGGUAUUGCGUUCUUAGUAGCUCAGUCUUCAGGAGUAAUAGAUGCGUCACAAUUGAUGACUUCAGCAACAAGCGGUCCUCUUCUGGGAGUUUUUAUUUUAGCUAUGUUCUUCCCGUCUACUAACUGGAAGGGUGCAGCAACUGGUAUGAUAGCCAGCCAUUUGACUACAUUGUUAAUAGUGUGUGGUGCAUUUACCAUACCAAAAAAUGUUGUAUACAAACCUACACACAUUGAUGGAUGUACCAAUAUGACUUUCUCGUCGCAUAUUGAACCAGCAUUUAGUGAACAAUAUCAGCUGUACAAAAUGAGUUUUAGAAACAUAACUGAUAUGGAUUUUGUGAGUAGUACUCUUCAAACUGAACCAGUCGUUGAACCAGCUUUCCAUGAAAACAUCUUAUCUUCUUUGUAUUCAGUAACCUAUAUGUACUAUUCCUUGAUUGGCACAUUCGUCACUGUUUUCGUUGGAGUUGUAGUCAGCUAUGUGACAGAUUUAUGGGGAAAAGAGGAAAGAAGUAAUGAUGAUCUAUUACAUCCCAUUUGUUUAAAAUUGAGGGAUCUUUGGAGUGGCCAAAAACAGUGUUAUAUUACAGAUACCAAACCAAAUGUACAGUCCUCUCCACCUGCUUCUAAUGAAGGAACAAAAAAUAUUUGUGAUACUACCAAAAAUAGUCAAAGUAUACCUUAACAAAUUAAAAAUAUUAUCAUUGAGUGUCCAUCUAUAAGAUCGACACAAAUUCAAAAGUAACACCAUUCCGGUUGAAUUAUUUUAUUUAAAUACCCAGUGAAGGAUGUUAGUUUUAUUAUAAAAAUAUUUUUCUUUUAAAUUCAAACGGAAACUUAAAAUAUUCAAUAAUCAUCCAUUUGUGACAAUUAUUGACAGCUGUUAAAUUUAUUAAUUAUUAUUUUUUAAAAGCAAUUAUUGUACAAUACUUUACAGAUCAAAAUAAUAUCUUAAAAUUAUUAUGAUCUCCUAAUAUAAAAUUGUACUUUUGAGUAUCAAGUAAAUAACUUGUGAAUAAUUGUUCAAAACAUGUAUGUAUAUAUUAAUGUAUACAUAUUAAGUUAUAUUGAAAUUUUGUAUUUUAUUUGAAGUUAAGUAUAAGAAAUUUAUUUUUAAGUAUCAAGUAUUUAAAUCAUUAGAUAUAGAAUAUAAUUGUUUUCAGUAUUUUUUAUAAAUAAUAAUAUUUAAUUGUUUUGAAAAUAUAUUUAAAUGUUUAUGUAAAUGACUGUUUUAUAUAUAGAUACUGAACUUAAAAUAGGUUUAAAUACUUUAAUAGUCAUAAAAACUUUGAAUAAUAUAACUUGUUAGAUAUUAGUAUAUGUCUUAAUUUUAAUAUUAUUUUUAGAUAAUUAUGCAAAAAUUAAUGUUUUUAUUUUUUAUUUGUUGUUUAGUUUAUAGGUGCUAUUAAUGUAUAUGCAUUAAUAUAAAGUAUAUUGAUAAUUGUUUUAUUUUUAUCUUCGAUAUAGAGCUAGAUAGAUAAUGUAUUUAAAAUCAAAUAAAAUGUUAGUGCCCAUAUCCGUCAAUCAUUGCUCUUGCUGUAUCACAUUUACUGAUUUAAGAGAAUCUUAGUCAUGAUUUUUAGACUAUCAGUAAUACAAAAGAUAUAAAUUUAUA